AUGGCUCCCAAGCCUCGCAAAGGCGAUGCCGCCGCGGCUGCGAACGGCGGCGGCGAUGCGGGCGACGAUCUGAUGGCGUGGGUGGCGAAGAGUCGCAAGCUGGACGAGAAGCGGCGCGCGGAGAAGGAGAAGGCGGAGCGCAUGGCGCGCAUGCUCGCCGAUCAGGACGACGCGGCCGCGGAGGAGGAGGAGGACGACGAGGAGCGAGGAGGGCGGCAGCGGUCAUCGCGACCUGAGUACACCUCUCGCGACCUUGCGGGGCUGAGGGUGAGGCACGGGGUGGCCGCGGUGCUGCAGGAGGGGGCGGCCGUGGUGCUCACGCUUAAGGACGCCUCUAUUCUCGCGGGGGACGACGUCAAUGAAGACGAGGACGAGCUGGAGAACGUGGAGGCGGCGGAGCAGAGCCGGCGGGACAAGGCGUACCGCGCUGCCAAGAAGACCACCAGCAUUGCCGACAAGUUUGCGGAGGACGAGGGCGAGAAGAAGCCCAUGCUGCCCCAGUAUGACGACGGGCAGGACGACGAGGGCAUAGUGCUGGACGGGUCAGGCGGGCUGGACGAGGCCACUCGCUCGCGACUGGACCAGGUGCGCAGCAGGCUGCAGGGCGCAGCAAGCGCGCUCCCCCCUGCCCCCAUCGCGCUGGGCAGCACCACGUUCGGGGGAGGGGCGGAUGGGACAAGCUUUGCCGCCCCAAAGGUGGCGAGCGACUUCCUGACGGCGGAGGAGAUGGAGCAGCGGCGGGCGGCAGCACAGUUCCGAAAGCCAAAGCGCAAGAAGGAGAGCCGGCGGCGACGAGGGGGGGAUGAGGUUGAUGAGGAGGGGGAGGGUGGAGGAGGGGAGGGUGGAGGGGGUGUGAUGAAGAAGAAGAGGAAGAAGGAGAAAUUGGAUUUGGAUAAGCUGGAGGCGCAGGCUCGGGCGGCAGGGGAGGAGGGGGGAGUGGGUGGCAGGGCGGAGAGGGGGGUUGGGAACGAGGAGAUGGAUGUGCAUGGGCGAGAGGGAGGGCAGGAAGGGCGUGGAGAGGCGGUGGUGAAGAGGGAAGAGGUGGAGGGGGAGGAAGAGGAGAAGGGCGAGGGCGAGGAGGCAGGCAGGGAAGGGGGAGAGGAGGAGGAGGAAGAGGCGGAGGAAGGGGAAGAGGAGGACACGGUGGUGAUAGGCGACGACGAUGAGGACCUGCAGCGCUCGCUGCAGCGCACCCGCCAGCUCGCCCUCCGCCGCCGGCAAGAAGAGGAGGCCGCUGCCAGGGCUGCUGCUGGGGGUGGUGGGGAUGGGGAUGGGGGUGACAGGGGGAAGGUGAAAGAGGAGUCGGACAUGGAAACAGGGAGUGGUGCGGGCGGGGCAGGGGUUGGGGGGACAGGGGCAGCGGUGAGGGGCGAGGCGCUGGUGCUGGCGCGGGUGAAGCAGGUGGGGCGCGUGAGGAGGCGGAUGGGGGAGGGUGCAGAGGGGGAGGAAGGGGAAAGAGGGGAGGGUGCGGAGGGCGUGGGACGCGGGCUUGUGUUCAGCGACACUGGGGAGUUCUGCCGCGGCUUGCAGCUCGAUGAUGCGCUGGUGAAGCGAGUGAAUGCGAGGGAAGCCGCUGCUGCCGCCAAGGAAGAACUGGCCGCUGCUGCUGCCGCCUUCCCCCUCCCCUCCUCCUCCUCUGCUGCCGGCACGGGGAGUGCAGACGGGGGCGGGUGGAUGGAGGCGCCGGUGGGCAAGGGGCUGGCGGCGGCACUGGCGCUGCUCAAGGACAGAGGGGCGCUGAAGGGCGAGGUGGAGUGGGGCGGGCGCACCAUGGACAAGAAGCGCAGCAAGCUGGUGGGCGUGCUGGACGAGAAAGGCCAUGAGCGCCCCCAUGCCUUCAAGGAAGUGCGCAUCGACCGCAUCGAUGAGUUCGGCCGCGUGAUGACCCCCAAGGAGGCGUUCCGCAAGCUGUCACACGCGUUCCACGGGAAGGGGCCGGGCAAGAUGAAGCAGGAGAAGCGCAUGCGCGCAUACGAGGAGGAGCUCAAGCGCAAGGGCAUGGCGGCGGGGGACACGCCCAUGCACUCCGUGGAACGCCUCAGGGAGGUGCAGGCGCAGACGCAGUCACCCUAUGUGGUCAUCACCGGGCAUGUCAAGCCGGGGUGA